CCCAGGGUUUAUCCAAAUCUUCUUCCUCUUUCAAAAUGAAAUAAAAAAAAUCAUAUCGGGUCCUGACCCGGGUUCUUAUCAAACCGGGUCAACCCGUGAAAAAACCCGAACCGUGUUUUUUUCUACUCGGUGCUUUAUAAGAAGAUGGCGAAGAUUACUUCCCUCGGUUCCGGCGGUUAAAUCUCUCAGACGAUUCGAUUAUCUCCGUCACACGCCGUCUUCACCGACGAACUCUUACCGCCGGGAACGAUGGCUUUUUGGACAUUGAUAAAAGGUCUGCUGCUCUUUGCAAAUGCGUUUGCGAUCCUCAACGAAGAUCGUUUCCUUGCUCCAAGAGGAUGGACACUCGAAAAACUCCACCAAACCGGUAGAAGAAACUCUCCCAAAGGCCAAAUCAUUGGUCUAAUUUACGCCUGCCAGUACAUGAGAUUGCCCCUCUUGCUCAUCAACCUAGUAGUCAUCGCCUUGAAGAUUAUCGCUGGUUAAAGAUUUUUUUGUAUUUGAAUGUAAACUGCAUUACAUAUCUAAUGUAGGAGGAGGUUGAGUUUGCUGUUCUCUUCUGUUCUACCUAGUCAAAAGUAUCCCAUGUAGUCAA